AUGAACUUGGAUGAGGAAGACCUCAAACCUUGCAAGACGAAUCUGAUAGCUUUUAAUGGAGAGCAUACACCUCCUAAAGGCUACAUCGACCUCAGGUUAACCUUGGGAACCAAAGAAGCGUUCAAAUCAAAACGGGUUAGGUUCAUCGUGGCUGAUUUUCCGUCAGAAUAUAAUAUAAUUUGGGGAAGACCAACCAUAAACCAGUGGGACAUGCUGGUUUCUACAAAGCACCAGAAGAUAAAAAUGGUGAGUAGGAAGAACGAAAUAAUAACUAUUGCUGGAGAUCAGAAGGAAUCCAUGGGCUGCUACUUUGACACAGUCAAAGAAAUCGAAGGCGGGCAUUCGAGUCCACCCCGGGUUCGCCCAGGAGACAAACUCGGCAAAAACACAACUCCCCAACACUCAAGUAAGUCGAUCAACUUGGUUGAACUAGACAUGAGAGAAGAAGUAAUCCCGAGACCUGAGCCCGAUGGUGAAUUAGAAGAUCUUGCAUUGGGGAAAGAACCCGGUCAAUUUACACGAAUUGGUAAGACCAUAGACCAUCCUAUCAAGCAAGAGUUGAUCUGGUUCCUUGAAAAUAGCACGGAUGUGUUUGCAUUGAGAUCAUCAGAGAUCCCAGGGGUAGACCCUGCCUUCUGCUGCCACAAAUUGGCAUUCUAUCCCAGUUCCUUGAAAACAACACGAAUGUGUUUGCAUGGAGAAAUACAACAUACAACGUGGCUGGCAAACAUGUUGAUGGUGAAAAAAUCAAAUAGGAAGUGGAGAGACUGUACCGUUUAUACGGACCUGAACAAGGUCUGCCCAAAAGACUCCUACCCCAUGCCCAACAGAGACCAACUGGUAGACAAUUCGGCUGGAUUUCAAUUGCUGUCUUUCAUGCUAGCAUAUUCUGGUUACAAUUAG